CACACGCACGCGCGCGCGCGCUCCAGCUCAUCCGCUCUCAGAGAUCAGACGCGCUUCACGCGGAGGCUUUACUGCGAUGCUGGAGCCCCAGUAGCGGCCUGAGUGCGACGUGACUCCGGGGGGAUUUCACUGCCUUACAGCGUUCACUUCGGGCAGGUGCACAAGGACGUGUUUACUCUACACAGACCUCUGCGUUAAUGAAACUUCGCUCCGAUUCCAGAGCUGGAGUUGGCGUACACCAUGUUAAGGUAAAGCCUAAGCUGGCUGUGUUGAACAUGCUAAAGAGGCUGGACAAAAUAAGGUUCCGAGGGUCAAAGCGAGAUGAGUUCCUGGAUCUGGCCGAGUCUCCAACCGCCUCGGAUAACGAAGGCCCCCCCGAGGACAUCAUGAUGAAGCCUCGGCUUUCCUUACGAGACCCAGAAGAGCUGAGAGAACCAGCUGGAUCAGGGGCUCUCAACAUGGCCGCCGUGCAAGACCUGAGGAGCGACUCGGAGCGUCUCAAUGAGGUUAAAGGUCAUCUAGAGAUUGCCUUACUGGAGAAGCACUUCCUGCAGGAGGAGCUGAGGAAGCUGCGAGAGGAGACCAAUGUGGAGACGCUGAAGCAGGAGCUGGAGAAGGAGCGCUGCAGGAGGCUGGAUUUGGAGCAAAAGAUGAACGACGUACUAAAAGCCAGGUUAGAAGACUCUCCUCCCCAGAACUCCCGUAAACAGCAGUCACCCUCCACGAACAGCACAGAAAAGCAACAAAAAGAGACAUUGUGGUUUCGGGUGCAGAAGUGGCUGUACGACCGGUUCGGGGGUUACAUCGAGGACUUCCGUUUCCAGCCGGAGGAAAACACGGUGGAACCGGAGGAGCCGCUCAGUGCUAAGAGGUUAACAGAAAAUAUGAGGCGACUUAAGCGGGGUGCCAGACCUGUAACUAACUUCUUGAGGAACCUGUCAGCCUUAUCCAACUGGCACUCAGUGUAUACGUCAGCCAUUGCCUUUAUUGUCUAUAUGAAUGCUGCAUGGUAUGGCUGGGCCAUUCCUAUGUUCCUGUUUUUAGCCAUUCUGAGGUUAUCCUUGAAUUACCUCAUUGCAAGAGGAUGGAGGAUUCAGUGGAGUAUUGUGCCUGAAGUUUCUGAACCUGUGGAACCUCCAAAAGAGGACUUGACUGUGUCUGAAAAGUUUCAGUUAGUCCUUGAUGUUGCACAAAAAGCACAGAAUCUUUUCGGAAAGAUGGCAGACGUUUUGGAGAAAAUCAAAAAUCUGUUCAUGUGGGUGCAGCCUGAGAUCACUCAGAAGCUGUACAUUGGUCUGUGGGUGGCCUUUAUCUCCUCCUGCAUCCUGCCCUACAAACUCGUGGGCUUUAUUAUAGGGCUGUAUGCAGGCAUCAAAUUCUUCAUCAUCGACUUCCUGUUUAAAAGCUGUCCCAAGCUCAGGGACAAGUACGACACGCCGUACAUCGUGUGGAACAACCUGCCUACAGACCCACAGCUUAAGGAGCGCAGCAACGCCACCUUGUCCAGACGGAUCCCGCCGGUGGUGUCGCGGGGUAGCUUAGCAACCAUUCCCUCAGGAAUGAGCAGAGAGGACGACAGUGGCCGCUCACAUAACACCAAGAGAGGAGCCUUCCAUGAGAUCUUCAACCUGCCAGAGAUGGAAAGGCCUCUCCCUGUGUGCGAGAAUGGGUGGAGGUGUUGUUUGAUCAACCGGGACCGGAAAAUGCCCACUGACUACAUUCGAAACGGUCUGCUCUAUGUUACUGAAAACUACUUGUGUUUUGAGAGCUCCAGUUCCAGAUCAGGCUCCUCCAAAAAGAAUAAAGUCAUAAAACUUGUGGAAAUCACAGAUAUCCAAAAGUAUAAGGUUUUGUCCGUUUUGCCCGGAUCAGGAAUGGGGAUCUCUAUUGCCACACCGUCAACACAGAAGCCCUUGGUGUUCGGUGCCAUGAUCCACAGAGACGAGGCGUUCGAGGCAAUCUUCACUCAGUACAUGAAGAACGUGACCACAUGCUGCCACGAGACCUAGUGCAUCACUGACGCUACGGAGAAGCCUCCUCUUCUCUCUCUUUCUCUUCUCUUCUCUCUGCUGUUUCAAUGAGCAGGCUGGAACUGAUCAGUGAUUAGUAGUCAGCUACAGUAUGGCUAGAUGAUCUCACGUGACGGUUGAGAGCAAACAGCAACACAUUCCUGUGGAGCGUUUUUUUUUUUUUUCCUCAUACUGACGGCAGGAAGGGGCUGGACCUCCUCUCCUGCCCUGACUACACCCUCUCUGAGGAGCAGAGGGUACAGCUGCAUAUCGACUGAUGUGGUACACGUGUUUCUGGACACGUUCUUACGCUGCGUUUAUGAUUAGACGUGUUAAUUCGUCGAGGCUUUGCUUUGUAAUGCCUUGCAAGAUGGUCACUAAGACUUUGCAAAAGACUAACGAAGCCUGUUUGUGUUCGUUUACAUUAUGACAUACAUAGACAAACAUGCAACACAUUAGACUCACACGAGCACAUUUAGCCCAGCUCUGAUUAGCGGUGUCCUUCAGAUGUUUUUUUUUUUCUUUUUACAUUAAAAUAUGAUUACUUCUGUAGGGCUACGGUGUCAUUCUGAACGUGACGUAACUGCCUUUAAAUUAAUUUUUAUAAUAGUUAGGACAGUGAUAGAUAUUCGAGUUACCGACCUGGAUAUGAAUAUGAAACAUCACUUAAAACAGUUAGCAUUAGCUGUCUAUAAUUGUAGCACAUGCAAGCAUUUUUCUAUGUUUUGGAUGUGUUGCAUCACAUGUCAUUGAAGGAUUAACCCACAGUGUGUAGACACAGAAGUAUUAUAAUCACCACAUCCAAAGUAGCCAUAGUAGUCCUUAAUCUAAUACUAGUUUUGUAACUAAAGGUAUAAAAUCUGGAUCUAGACCUUAUUAAAGCUACUUUAGGUCCAAUACAGUCUAAAUAAGUGAAUAUCUGGAGAAAGACCUUACAGAAAUCUGUAUUUUAACGCUAGUAAAUUUGCAUCAUUCUUUCUCCACUAGUGCACGCUCCGUCUCUUUGUCUCCUCACUGCUAUUCAACACCUGAACCAGGAGUUAAUCACAGCACAUUGUCACCUGGGUUCAAUUCCAGACCGGAUUCGAUUCCCGUCUCUGUGUGCAUGGAGUUUGUAUGUUCUCCCCGGGCGUGGUGGGUUUCCUCAGAGUUCUCCGAUUUCCUCCCACAGUUCAAAAACAUGCAGAUUCAGCUAAUUGGCGUUCCCAAAUUGCCCAUAGUGUGUGUCUGUGUGUGCAAGGGUGUGCCCCACCGUGUUCCCAAAGUCUCCUGAGAUAGGCUCCAGGCCCCUGCGACUCUGUACACAGGUAAAGACAAAAGAGAUAAAGUAUGAAUUCCAUAUCAGUUUAUUGUUUGUAGAUGCUGAACUAGAAACGUCAGCUCAGCUCAGUAAACCACCGGUAUGUGUUACGUAAUGCAUUUUGUCAUUCUGAGUCUGGAUUGGCAACUGGCUUUUUAAACAGAGACUGCAAUCUAAGUUCAAAGCGUGCUUGAAGGCUGUCUAGGGCAUUCAGAGAAAGUCUUGGCUUCUAUAGUGCAUCGAUAUUGUUAUGUAAUUCAAAGUAAUUUUGAUUGAUCUUUUUAGAAUGCGUUUCGUUUAUCUCCAGAUGCUAGCGAGUAUUAAUCUCUUUCUCAUCCUCCUCCUCGUAGCAGAAUGCCUCGAAUGAAUAGCUGUAGUUGUUGAACAGUUCGUGACAGUCCUUGUCAACAGUUAAUAUCAGUGUUUCACUCACAGGAUGAAGAAUGUGUUAAUAUCUUCUUUUCUACAGUACUUAUCGCCUAAUAUCUUCUUAUACUUGAUUUAAGUCUCUACCUGUAAGACAGCACACUUACAGUCCCUGGUUUAAUCCUAAAUUGGGGUACUGCUGUAUCUGUCUGAAUUUCCUCAUGUUCUCUUAGUGUCUCCAUGGGGGGGGGGUUGGGGGGGGGGGAUGGGGUUCCUGCACGUUCUCCGGUUUUCUCUUUAAUCAGAUGGACUGGCUCGUCUAAAUUGCCCCCCAGUGUUACAAUGAUACAGCAAUAACAAUUACAUUAUCACUAGCACAAAGCCAGGACUUUCUUUAUGCCAAAUGUAUUAAAAUGUGCUUCUGGGUUACACUGACUCACGACGAUGGAGUAGGUCACAUAUGUUUCUAACAGCAAAGUGCCAGACUAAAUGAGUCACUAAGAGUUGUGCGAGUGUGAUAGUAUGUCUGUGUGUCGACACGCAAAAUAUUCCGCUUGAGCAGAUUUUGGUUCUGACGACAAUGUAACGUAUUUUCACUUUACACUCCGCUACUGAUCAUUCCGGUCAGCCAUAUAGUAUUGUAUGUGAGUAAACGGAAACUUGGGCAGUCACUGCUAACGAUCAGAGUGUACGGAGUGGAAAUCCCAGCACUGCCAGAGACCCAUGCUGAAGACCUUUAACCCUUAACAUGCUCAGAUGGAAGCUUGGUUCAUUUUCUGUGCACUUGUUUCCUGCGCACUUUAGCUAAUGCGAGUUUAUUUGAACGUCCCAAAGCUUUUAACAUGACACUUUGUAGUCGAUAAUCUGGUGUUUAUUUGUUUGUUUGUUUGUCUUUGGAUAUUUCAGAUCCAAGUUGUCCUGCACUUGCACUAAACAAGCACAGAUUGUAUUGUCCGAACACUAGUUUUGCCAAAUAUUUCUUGCUUUUUAUUUUUUUUCCUCUCCUCGCUGUCUUGUUGAUCCUUUUUUAUUUUUAUUAGCUUGGUUUGUGGAAAACAGAUGUUUACAGGAAGAUCGGAUUUAAAUCCACGUUGUGCCUCGGUUUGAACCCACAGGGAUAUGAGAACGGAGGCAAAGUCCAUCACUGGUUGUUGUCACUGUGUCUUCAGAUCUGUGCUUAACUCUGGUGUGAUAGCUAUUUAGUCUGGUGCAUACUUUUUGUAACUAAGAGAGUUUUUUUUUGGCUUUUGUACACCACCACGCUGAAUCUAAAAUGAAGCACUCAAGAUUUGAGUGAAGUUAAGACUUUCAGCUUUAAUUCACAGGGUUUAAUAAAAGUGUGGCAUUAACCAUUUAGUAGCUACAGUCAUUUUCAUACAGAUACAGCACACUCAUUUUGGGGGCUCAUAAAUUUUGGAACAGCAGUUACAUGGCAAUUAGUGGCCUGCUCCAUCAUUUCUCCAUGAUUAAUCAAGCAGAUAAAAUGGCAUCAUACAGUAGAGUUAGCAAUAACAUUGAGAGUGGCCCAUACAACAGUUUGGAACUGCAAAAGAAAAUCUGCCAGAAAAAAAUUGUACCAAUUGAUGGGAAAAGACACGUAUGGAGGAAGCAAGUGGCGGCUAGUGUUCCAAGGCAUACCACAUCAUCUGCCAAACAAGAUGAAGGCAAUGUUAUGUCUCCCAGUGAAACCAGGCCACUGGUGUUUAUUAAUAACCUGGCUGCUGAUAAAGUAGCAGGAUGGAGUCUGAAAUAUAUAGAGCAUUACUCUCUGCUUAGGUUCAGCCAAAUGCUGCAAAACUGAAGGAUUGCAGUUUUAUAUUGCAGAUGGAUGACCAAAAACAUACAGCGAAAGCUACCCAAGAGUUUUUCCAGGUAGGGAAAUGGGAUUGUAUUCACUGGACACAUCAGUCAUCUGACAAUCCCCAAUAGAGGAUGCUUUUCACUUACUGAAGACAAGGCAGGAAGACCCAUAAACAAGCAGCAGCUGAAGGCAGCUGCAGUAAAUGCUUGGCAAAGAGAGAGGAAACUCAGCAUUUGUUCAUGUCCAUGGGUCCCAGAAUUCAGGCAGUUAUUGACAAAGGAUUUUUAUUUAUAUUUUAUUUUAAAGGUUAAUGCCACAUUUUUGUCAAACCCCUUUAAAUAAAGCUAAAAGUCUGGACACUGCUGUCUUUUUGAUUGUUUUAUUUCAGAUUGUGGAGUGUACUGAGGCCAAAUGAUAAAAAAAAAAAAGUCUUUGUUUCAAAAUUUAUGGACCUGACUUAUAUUUGUUUUAACUGUGUGCAAAUGUUUGUUAAAUAUUUUUUUACAAGAUUAACACAAUGUACUGAAGAAUUAGAAAUUUAUAUUCUCAAGAAGUAUGAUUUAUUAUUAUGCUAUUUAUGUCACUGGAGUAAAGAUUAAAUAAAUUUAAGUACAAGAGGUUUAUAUUCAGUGCAGUGCAGUAACAUUAGAACCACAUUUCUGUUUAAAAAAAAAAAACCUGUCUGUUAUAAAGUCAUGAUGUGGUGUGCAUUUUGUAAUGAAGUAAAUAAGAUUU